CUCUCCUUCUCUGCAGCCACAAAUUCAAGUGACGGUUAAAAAAGAAAGAAAAGAAAAACAAGAAGAAAGGAAAGGCAAUCCUACGCGGCCCUCCACCGCAGAGUAGUCAGCGAGAAGCUCCGGUCUGCGGCCGUGCACGCUGCGGCCGGGGGGCAGCCGAGCAACCUGCUGCACCAAGACCAAGAGGGAUGGCGGUGCCGGUGCGGCUGAUCCCCUCCCCGCCCACCGUCUGCCUCUCCACCCCUCUCCUCUCCCUGCCGCCGAUUGCUCGGAAGCCAUCGCCCUCCUCAUCCUGCAGCGGCAGCAGCAGAGCACGCCCCGGCUUCCGCUGCUCCGCGGCGAACAAGCCCUCCCCUCCUCCUCCUGAGGUAAGCAGCAGCAACAGCAGCAGUAAUUCCAUGGCCAAGAUAAGGAGCGAGGUCCUGUCCCCGUUCCGGUCGGUGCGGAUGUUCUUCUACCUGGCGUUCAUGGCCAGCGCGGGCCUGGGCAGCCUCAUCGCGCUCACGCAGCUCGUCCCGGCCCUGACGAACCCGGCGAGGUUGGCCGGCGCCGCGGAGACGCUCAGGGGCCUGGGCAUCGACGUCGCGGCCGUCGCGGUCUUCGCCUUCCUCUACUCGCGCGACAGGAAGGCCAGCGACGCCCAGGUGGCCAGGCUCACGCGGGAGGAGAACCUGUCCAGGCUCAAGCUGCGCGUCGGCGCCGGCGGCAGGGUCGUGCCGCUGGGCGAGCUGCGGGGCAGCGCGCGGCUCGUCAUCGUCGCGGGACCCGCCGAGUUCGUCGAGGAGUCGUUCCGCCGGAGCAAGCCGUUCCUGAAGGACCUCAUGGACAGGGGCGUGCUCGUGCUGCCCUUCCCGACGGACGGGAACACGCCGGCGCUGCAAUUCGACGGGGAAGCGGAGGAGGGUGAGAAUGAGGGCGACGGGAUCGGUGAGAAGAGCAAGAGGCUUUGGCAGCUCACGCCGGUUUACACUUCCGAAUGGGCCAAAUGGUUGGAGGAGCAGAAGAAGCUGGCCAAUGUGGCACCUGAUUCCCCUGUGUACCUGUCGCUCAGGAUGGACGGGCGCGUCCGUGGCAGCGGCGUCGGGUACCCUCCAUGGCAAGCCUUCGUGGCGCAAUUGCCGCUAGUGAAAGGAAUGUGGUCGGGUUUUUUAGAUGGAAUGGACGGGAGGGUGUAGUCUUGCCAGUUUGUUGCUCAAGUUGAAUAUUGACGCGGCUAUGGUAACGGCAGUGACGAUGAGGCUGCCGGGCUGCAGUUUUCUAGCCAAGGAAGCGAGUGUCAUCACUUCAUGUGUUCGGGACUCGGGAGGAUCACCCACUUCAUUUGUUUAGCCUCUUUCUGUAGAUGACGUGACUCUUAACAGUUAAUAAAGGUUGCCCGAGUUCAAAAAAGAGUUUAAUACAGUGUGUGUGUUCAAUAAGCAUUUCUAAUUCUCUUGUAAAAUUUCAAAUGAACAAAGAAAGAAACUGUGCGUCGUUGGUACAAAAUGUAAAAUUCAAAUUUGGUAUCGGCAGUAAAUUUUGAGCA